CCUCGACCCCUUCCCGCGUGUUUUCCUUAAGCGAACCAAAUUUACAUGGAGCGGGAGAGGAGGCGGUGCUGCGUUUUUUCAGAGGGCUGUGGUAUUUGUUUUUGCUGUCGCCUCCCUGUGCCCCGCAGGCCUGGGAGUGGGGGACUGGAGGGGUACGGAAUGACGGCUCCCCUGCCCCCGCCCCAGGGAGGAGCCUCAGCCUCAGAUGAGAUGCGUGUUUCACCUUCGGGUUCGUCUUCCCCAACAGGCGCUGGGAAUACGGCAGCACCGGUCGCCGAGGUGUCCCGGCUUGCCGCCCAUGACUCCGAUCGCCGCCUACGAUGCUCGCUCACGGUUCCGGUGCAGAAAGGCAGCGGCUCCCGUGUGAAAUGAGCGGAGGGGAUCUGCGAGCGGGCGGUGGGAGCCGCUUUUGCGCCUUUCGGAGUUGAGUAUGGAGAGAGGUAAAACAGCUACCUGAGCGCGAAAAAAGACCCCAACCCACCAACAAGUAGCUCUCGCCUGGCAGGGAGGCACGGAGAGCAGCUGGAACGCGGCGUCUGCCGCCACGCACAGCCGAAACCCGCUGGAGAAGAAGAGCAGCUCGCUCUCCUCUGCAAAGGCAGAAGAAGCUCGUCCACCGCGGACCUGCCGGCGACAGGCUGUCUCCCCGCUCAGCGACCGUUCCCCUACCCUCUCACCCCCUCUGCCGCCUCCCGAGCCUUUCCCAGUCAUGUCCGACCCGGAGAGAUGGGGAAGCUCGAGGACAACGAGAGGGUGAUCCUCAACGUGGGGGGCACGCGGCACGAGACCUACCGCAGCACCCUGAAGACCCUGCCGGGGACCCGCCUGGCCCUGCUCGCCUGCGAGUGCCGGAGCGAGUCCCCGAGCGGCGAGGAGCCGCCGCCUCCCCCGAACCCGCCGCUACCACCGGCCGGCGGGUGCCCGGAGCCCGGCAGCGGCUGCAGUCCCCGGAGCAACGGAGGCGCCAGUGAGUUUUUCUUUGACCGGCACCCGGGGGUCUUUGCCUAUGUGCUCAACUAUUACCGCACCGGCAAGCUGCACUGCCCUGCCGACGUCUGCGGGCCGCUCUUCGAGGAGGAGCUGGCCUUCUGGGGCAUCGACGAGACCGACGUGGAGCCUUGCUGCUGGAUGACAUACCGCCAGCAUCGCGACGCCGAGGAGGCCCUGGACAUCUUCGAGGCGCCCGACCUGCUGACGGGAGAGCCACCCCCUGAUGGUGACGACGACGACCUGGCUGCCAAGAGGCUGGGCAUCGAGGACGUGGGGGCAACCGCCGAGGGCAAGGGCGGGCGUUGGCGGCGGCUGCAGCCCCGCGUCUGGGCACUCUUCGAGGACCCCUACUCCUCACGGGCUGCCAGGUUCAUCGCCUUUGCCUCUUUAUUCUUCAUCCUAGUUUCCAUCACAACCUUUUGCCUGGAAACACAUGAGGCUUUCAAUACUAUUAUAAACAAAACUGAGCAGAUCAUCAAUGGGACAGAAGCUGUGCUGCAGUAUGAGAUAGAGACAGAUCCUGCCCUGACGUAUGUGGAAGGAGUCUGUGUGGUGUGGUUUACAUUUGAAUUUUUAGUACGUGUUGUUUUUUCCCCAAACAAACUUGAAUUCAUCAAAAACCUCUUGAAUAUCAUUGACUUCGUGGCCAUCCUGCCCUUUUACCUAGAAGUGGGCUUGAGCGGGCUCUCCUCCAAAGCUGCUAAAGAUGUGCUUGGUUUCCUUAGGGUGGUAAGGUUUGUGAGAAUCCUGCGAAUCUUCAAGCUCACCCGGCACUUUGUGGGUCUCAGGGUUCUGGGCCACACUCUGCGAGCCAGCACCAAUGAAUUUCUGCUGCUGAUAAUAUUCCUGGCACUCGGCGUUCUGAUAUUUGCUACCAUGAUAUACUACGCAGAGCGAGUGGGAGCCCAGCCGAACGACCCUUCAGCAAGCGAGCACACACAGUUCAAAAACAUCCCCAUUGGCUUCUGGUGGGCUGUAGUCACCAUGACCACCCUAGGGUAUGGGGAUAUGUACCCACGGACCUGGUCAGGCAUGCUGGUGGGUGCCCUGUGUGCGCUGGCCGGAGUGCUCACCAUAGCCAUGCCGGUGCCUGUGAUAGUUAACAACUUUGGGAUGUACUACUCCCUGGCCAUGGCAAAGCAGAAGCUGCCGAGGAAGCGGAAGAAGCACAUCCCUCCGGCUCCUCAAGCCAGCUCACCCACCUUCUGCAAGACUGAUUUGAACAUGGCCUGCAAUAGCACACAGGGGGACAUCUGCUUGGGCAAGGACAGCCAGCUGAUGGAACACAACAGAGCAUCAGCCACCGUGUCCCACCCUGUUGGACUCCAUGGUGUUUUGCCUCAGUGUCUGUCUCUUGUGUCAGCUUUGCCCGUGCCACAUCGUGGCCUGUUAAGCAAGAUCCUACAACGAAGCAGUCACUUAAAGGGAGCAGUGUUAUCAGGUGAAGACAGUGCAGGAAGUGAGCAGCCACUCUCACCUGGGGAAAGGCUCCCUCCCAUCAGACGCUCUAGCACAAGAGACAAAAACAGAAGAGGGGGAACAUGUUUCCUACUGACAACAGGGGAUUACACGUGUGCUACUGAUGGAGGGAUCAGGAAAGGCUAUGAAAAGUCUCGAAGCUUAAACAACAUAGCUGGCUUGGCAGGCAAUGCUCUGCGGCUCUCUCCAGUAACAUCACCCUACAGCUCGCCUUGUCCUCUAAGGCGCUCUCGGUCACCUAUCCCUUCCAUCUUGUAACCCAGAUGGCAUCAGUCGGCUGCACAGUGCUGUUACACAGUGCUGCUACUACACAGUGCUACUCCAAAUGCUGGUUACUACAUAUUGGAAAUAAACGUAGCAGUUUCCAUAGGCUCCACAAAUCUGGUAUAACUCUUGCACGAUACAACUGUCAGUAGUAAAAAAUGCCACUUGGGUAGCUGAAGAUUUUCAUCUUGGCUUUUAAAGAUGAUCUAAGGUAGAGCUUCUCCUUUUAUCUACUAUAUUGUCCUCCUUUCCUGUGGCAAUAAAAGGACAGUUAGUGGAUGCCGUUGGCUAGUAUAUUCAAUAAAUAAGCAUAUCUUCAGGGAGAUUUACUUAAUGUGCUUCCAACUAAUGAUCAGUCACUCCAUUGAGCCUCCAUUUCUUGUGACUCUAAUCCAUUCUGAAGAUAUCUGGAACUGUGUCUUGGUUGCACACACUGUGACUUGGGUCUGCUCAUUUGCAUGGACCAUCCUGUCUCCAUCACCUGACAAACAGUGUUGCUGAUUGUGGAGACCACAGAAGGCUCUGGAUGUGUGUUCUCACAUUGUACCAUCCUGCUGAUAUGAAAGCACUGAUGAACUGGUCUGCAUGUGGGAUUGUUUUUCUUUGUGUAACCUUUUUCUUUGUUUUUUAACAAUCUAUUUGUUUAUAAAUGGCUUUAUUUUGUGAUUAACUUACUUUGGUGCUGGAUUGUUGUAUCAGAGUUCUGAAUGUCUCCGGUUGUUUGCACACAGAUAACUGCAAAGAGGUUGUCAUUACUGGUUACACGCAAGCAGAAGCCAGAUCUCUUUCUUAAUGGCUUGGGGAAGGCACAAAACAUGCAAGAAAGGUAAACGCCAUCCAGACUUGCAAUUUUAAGCUAGCAAGUGCUGCUUGGUACUGUAGUCAUUUCUCUGCUCCAGGGGUCUUCAACAUUUUCACAGGCCUCAUGAGUACCAAGUAAAAUGGAGAAGAUUACUGGGGGCUUUUUUUGUACCACUGUGAGAGGGUAGUGGUUCUCAAGUCUGGUUUUUGACCACAUUUAUACCUUCAACUCAUGAGCUUCAAAAAUUUCUUCAGUCAGUGUUUUUUUGAGGUGCUUUGUCCUAUAUGUUGUUUGUCUGUCUGUUUUGCAGCUUGUCUACUGUAUUCUCCAUCUGUCUCCAUAAAGCACAGAGAUGCUGUUAAAAUGCUCCCCUCUUUUAAGAUUAACUAAGGACAUUUUUCACCUUUUCCUUUUUUUCUUUCCCCUAUGGCCUAUACUUAUGUGUACAGAUACAAAGCUAUAUAUUUUUCAAGUGCAAGUUAGUAUCUUGUAGACUAAAUCAUGUGAGAACUCUGAAGAUUCUUUUGAGUGGGAUGUAGUAGUGAUUUUACCAUGCUGAUUGGUUGCCCAUUGCAUCAGUCUUCCUCCUUGCAACCAGUAUUCCUUACAGUUUUGAAGCCAUGCAUCCUUUAGUGGCUUUUUCAUUCAAUACUCUGCUUAAGCAAUGGGACAAAUGCAAUGGCAGAUUUAAUGUUCUGGGCUGGUGAGGAAAAAUUACCCUUAAUGAUAGACUUUCAGAACAACAUGAGGAAGACUGUAAUAAGCCAAAUCUUAAAGAGAUCCUUGAGACUGUUGAACAAUCCCUCAUUGUCAUGCUUUAUUUAUUUAUUCAUUUUGGUUAGGGAAAGGAAUAUAAAUUAUUGUUGACCAUGUACUAUGUUAUUAUGUAUUUAUCCUAGCCCAACAGCAUGAUCUGCAUGUCAGAAUCCUUGUACAAUAAUGUAUUUAUCAAAGGAUACAUUCAUGAUACUUAGAGAUGUACAUUGAUUUAGUUUUGGUAAAAUAUUGUCAAUAGAGAGAUAACUGCAAACAGCUUUUAGCAAAGGAAUUAACAUACUAUCUGGUGCUGCUGUUAUAUUAACUACAGUGUUGUACAGAAUUUAUCAUGGAUUUUUGACUGCUGAAAAAGGGACAAUGGAAUUUAGCCAUACCAAGGACUGUACUGGAAAGAAACUACUGCUGCUGAAUGGACCCUGAAAAACAAC